CACAGCCAAUAAACCAAUGUCUCCGAAGGGGAAGAGGGGGAAUUGCCGAGUGCGAAUGUGUGAGAUUUGCACCUCCGGAGUUCAACCCUUCUCUCUCUUUUUUUUUUGUUCCUCUGAUUCACUUCUUCCCUCUUAUUUGACGACGAAAUGGCUUUCUCUCAUGUUUCAUCUGCUCAUUUGGUAAAGAAAGCAGAGACUUCGAAGUCCAUGACCAGUUCGCUGUACUGACUUGCCCUCUCAACGUUUAUAGCCCACUUUCUGAAAGCAUCACUUGAAACCAGAACACUAAAUCCAAGAAUUCAGAAUCAGAAAAGCAAAGAAGAUCAUAGGAAAUGAAGCGCAAGAAAUGGACAGAGGAAGAAGAAGAAACCUUAAUCAACAAGUAUGCUGAGCUCCAGAACUCAGGAACCCUAGCUAAGCUCAAAACCAGAGUGAAGAAAUUUGAGCCAAUUGCAGACCAUGUGAACUCUGUCCACCAUCUCCAGGACCCAGUGAACUUCCCCUUUCGAUGGUCAUGGCGAGAUGUUUCCAUCAAGGUCCAAAACAUGCGACAUCAGUACCUUGGUGUGAAGCAGAAAAUUAGGGUUUCUGAUGAUGAGUUCAACUGGAAGGAUGGGGAGGACCACUGGCAGAACUUCUUGAAGUACAAAGAGGUAUUUGGUGACGUAGAACUUGAAGUGAAGGAUAAGGGACUUGGUGCUGGUGGUGGGGAAGAGGAUAGCAUUUUCAGUUAUGAUGGUUUUGUUGAUGGUGGUGAUGGGUCGGAUGUUUUAGGGAUUGGGUUGGGGCUUGAUUGUGAGGAUUUGGAAGGAGAUGAUGAUGAGGCUGGAGUUGUAGAAGCAGGGAGUGAUGGUGAAUUCGGGAUUGAGAGAGAAAAUGGGGAAGAUUCAGGUCUGAUUCGGGUAAAGAAGAUGAAGAGGAGUGGUGCGGGUCCUGCUGGAGAUUGGGGAGGUGGUAAUAGUUUAGGCCUGAUAAGUGCACAGGUUUUGGAAUUGAGGGAAAUGAUUGAAAAAAGAGAAGAGCAACACCGGGAGAGGGAGUUCAAUAGAGAGGAGGCAGCAGCUACAAGAGAGGAGGAUAAGCGAGAGAGGGAGAGCCAGAGGGAAGAGAGGUUGAAAGAGAGGGAUGAGUGGAUGGAGAGCAGAGAAUUUGAGUGGGAAGAAAGGCAUAGAAUGUGGGCAAGGAGAGAAUAUGAACGGAGGUUACGAAUUGAGAGGGAAUUUGAUGAGGAGCGGCGGCGGAGGAUGAAAAUGGAGGAGAAAAGGGAGGAAGAGGAGAUGGAGUGGAGGGAGAGGAUGGUUGGUCUUCAAAUUGAGCAUGAAAAACAAAUGAUGCAAAUGCAUGCCCAUGCUUGUCAUAACCAAUUGCAGAUUCUUGGGGUAUUGGCCCGGCUUGUUUGCCAGUUUUUUGGGCCAGGUAAUGAUGGGUUGGGUGGGGGUCUCGGUGCUCUGGGUCCUCAAGUUUUGCAGAAUUUACAGCACCCUGCGAGCUUGGGAGGUGAUACUGGAAAAUCUGAUGCUAAUUCGCCUUCUCAUUUUAUGUAGACUGUAAAUCAGUUUUUUUGUUUCCCCAAUCACUUUGUCUGAUUUUGAGGUGUAUGUAAGAUCUGUUUUUUUUUUUUUAAUUUGUAACAGUGAAGAUUCUAUUAAAUUAUACAUAAAAGAAUGAUGUACAAAUGAUGUUGUUCCAAGCACCACAAAAAUUGGUCUGGUCUCCA